AUGGAAUCGUCUACAGAGCAAGGCAGUGGCCACUCUCUACACGCUCACACCGAACUUGUAGAAUGGAUUACGAGGCAUGGUGGCUCGCUUGAUGACAGUGUUCGCGUCGCGCAGGAUGCCUCGCGCGGGGUACACAUUCAAGUCAAGGGCGACUGGUCCCAACCCAUCAGCAAAGAGACUCGAGUGCUCCGCACGCCUCUGGGCGUGACAAUGUCCUACUUCAAUGCCAUUGGCUACGAAUCUUCGCAAGGGUCCUUCUCAAAGCAUGGUGUGGAGCUGCCCCAGGCAUUCAUUGAAGCCGUCGCCGUCGAGGAGACGUGCACCUUCUUCCUUAUGGGCCAAUUCCUGCGCGGCCAGGAGGGCUUUUGGUACCCGUAUCUGCGAACUUUGCCACAGCCCGGAGAGUUGAAUACGCCGCUUUUCUUUGGAGAGGAAGAUGUGGAUUGGAUUCAGGGGACCGGAAUUCCUGAGGCUUCGGUGCAGAGAUACGAGGUUUGGGAUCAGAGGUAUGAAGAGUGUAUAUCGAAGCUGGAGGAGGUUGGGUUUGAGGGGUUUGAGGAGUAUACAUGGGAUCUGUACUUGUGGGCUUCCACCAUUAUCUCCUCUCGUGCAUUUUCACCGAAGGUUCUCUCCGGUGUUAUUGAGGCCUCAAAACUGGCAGAGGACAGUGGUGUAUCAGUACUUUUGCCGCUUAUUGAUCUCCCCAAUCACCGUCCGCUGGCCAAGGUUGAGUGGCGGGCAGGAUCUUCAGACAUCAGCAUGGUCGUUUUGGAGGAGGUCAGUCCCGGCGAGGAAAUUUCAAACAAUUAUGGACCCCGAAACAACGAACAACUAUUGAUGAACUACGGCUUCUGUCUUCCAAACAACCCAACCGACUACCGCAUUGUCAAGCUGGGCGUGAAGCCGGAUAGCCCGCUCAGCAAGGCGAAGGACCGUCAAAUAGAAAUGUUCCCCCAGGUAGCCAACAACAGCGACGAUCACUACUACAUCUUCAAUGUCUUCUACCCGCUCCUUGCGCCCGACACUGCUAUGGAGCACUCAAUGUUUUCGCCUGCUCUUUUCAACUCCCUGACCGUCAUGCACGCCAACGAGCGCGAACGCAGACAUAUUGAAAUCACCGAGACAUCCAUCUCUAUCCCCACAGCGUACGGGAAUGGCCACAGCACUCUGGCAGCCUUAUCACAAAUCAGUUUCGAGCUGAUUGCGCAUAUCAUGAUGCUGGAAGCCACUGGGCAGAACCGUCAGCUACAACCUGCGAACUUGAAGCAAACCUAUGCGCAGAUAUACCGCAACGGCCAACUUACGCUGGACAAGGCUGCACUGGUAGUUGCUACGUGGACCCUCGCGCGGGCCCGGGAGCACAACCGCGGAGAGAGUUGGGAAGAUAUCAAAAUUCUACUGAACGAGCACAUGGCACAGAUCCCGGAGGGCCACUUCUCGGCGGAGACGCUGUCUCGGAUCCGGGUCCGUAUCUUGGAGCGGGAGUCGCUGCUCAAGAAGAACGGAGAAUUGUUCCGACUGGGCGAGCUGUUCAGUCUACUGCCAGCGAAUAUGCAGGAGGCCAGUCGGAACUGCUUCAACCAUGUUCUUGCAAAAGCUGGCCAGUUGGUCCCUGCGCUGCAGACUGAUCCCCAGGCCAUGUUUUCUCUCGUGGUUUGCCUGCUGGUUGCAACGGGACAGUCUCCCCAAGCAAGACCACAGCUGUCUCCAAGGUUGACUCGAUGGGUAGACUUCCUUGUCGAGCAGUACCCUCCAUUAGGUUUCCCAUUGGGGACCUCUGAGACUAUGGUUCAAUUAAAUCAACUUGUUCAGGGCGAGCAGGCCCAAGCAUGGGCAGUCCAGGAUGGGAUGUACUGGCUAUCUGAGGGUAGUGGAUGGCUGGACUCCAAGUUGUUGGCAUGGGCAUUUAAUGUGGUGGAGGCGGAGAUGGUGUUGACCCCCCAUGAGCCGCUACAGGUGCUGGUGACUGAGAACCCGGGGUUGCCCAGACUGGGUUGUUUGUAUGUGCCGCAGGAGUAA